AUGGCGGACCCGAACAGCCACCCAACAUCCACGUCGACUGUCGCAACCGCUGCCCUGGCUCAAUCACAAUUGAUGCUACCCUCCGGCUACGAUUAUCCGUAUAAUUCGAGUGCUAUGGAAUAUUGGAAUCCUAACGGAUACCAACUCAACGCCUACCAAACAAUGCCCCCCUCCGAAGUCGACUACGCCUCCGUCUUCCUCCCCACGGCUCAACCACCACCAGCCGACUCGACCGCCACCAUCCCACCAACACCCCAAACUUCUGAUGCCACGAAACCCCUCACGUCUACAUCUGUCACCUCAUCUCCAACCACACCAUCGACGACUACAACCACCGACGUGUUGGAGCUAAAAGCUUCUGUCCAGACGUCUUCGGCGAACACCUCCGGAGAGCUCGUGGCUCCAGCACCAGCACCAACUCAACCGCCAGUCGUCGCCCCACUUGACGCCAUGUCCUCCAUGUACGGACAGUGGCAAGCGUACCCGACAUACGACCAGUCGAAGGCAUCCGGAUCCUACAUCUCCAUCCCCACCGCCUAUCCAUUCGGCGCCGACCCCACGACGACGGACCUCUCGUUCUACCAGACACCGUCUGGACAGCCGACCGGUCUCGGAAGUGACGCGAACCUUGCCGACUACGGACACCAAUUCCAGGCGGCGGGCAUGAGUCCUCACUUUGACUCGUCCCUCUACGCCGGCAUGCCCGGUAUGCCAACCGGUUCGAGCUCAUCGUCUGGAGUCGGUGGCAGUGGUGGCCGGAACGAGAAAACGGGAUCCCGUGCUGGAAGUCGUCGUCGACAACAAGGAGCACCGCCGUCGACUGGAGCACUCACACGUCACUCGUCGUCGUCGAGACUGUCGGAUAACGAGAGUGUUAGUAAUGAUGAGAAGGAUACGGAUCGGCGGUCGCAGAAUAAUGCUAGAGAGAGAGUCCGCGUGCGUGACAUCAAUUCGGCGUUCAAAGAGCUCGGCCGAAUGUGCACACAACACAACCAGAAUACCGAACGGAAUCAGACGAAACUUGGCAUCUUGCACAACGCGGUGGCGGUGAUUACUCAGUUGGAAGAGCAGGUCCGCCAACGAAAUAUGAACCCGAAAGCGAUGGUCGGAAUGAAGCGAAAAACUGAGGCGGAGAAGAUUGAGGAGAACGCGGCGGCCGCUCAAUUUGGACACCCACGGUUUUAA